AUGGCAUUGAAGUACACUGAGAUAGGGGAAAUCAAGAAGAAGAUUAAUCGUGCCAAGCAGAGCUUUACCAAAAGACAAUUUGAGUUGGCACAGUUGAAAAAUGGUCAAAAGGAAGAUUUGAGAUUCCGGAUUUCUCAAUUGAAUAAACUCUACUAUGCGUUAAAGGACAAUGAAGAAGAGAUUGUGCUAGCCAUGCAGAAAGAUUUCAAUAGGACUCCGUUUGAAUCUGUGUGUUUAGAGCUUGUUCCACUCUAUGGCGAUCUUUUGAAGUUGAUUGAAAUUUUGCCCGACUUGAUCAAAGAUGAGAAAAUUAAGGAAUCGUCACCGAUUUUUGGACUAAGCAAAGUCAAAUUGCAACGUAUUGCUCUUGGCACGGUCCUGGUUAUUUCACCCAGCAAUUUCCCCGUGAAUUUGGCGAUGAAUCCCAUAGCAGGUGCCAUUGCAGGUGGGAAUACCGUGGUUUGGAAACCAAGCGAGCUGACGCCUGAGACUGGGAUAGUUUUAGAACGGAUCUUGAAAAACUGUCUAGAGCCUGGUCUAGUUGAAGUCGUGCAAGGUGCCGUUCCGGAAACCAGUGCUUUGUUGAAGAGCGAUUCCUUUGACAAGAUUUUCUACACUGGAUCGACUACGGUGGGUUCAAUUGUCGCACAAGAGGCCGCCAAGAGUUUAACUCCAUGUGUUUUGGAGCUCGGUGGGAAAUCACCCGUUUUCAUUACUGAGAAUUUGUCCCAGGAUAAGUUGCGGAAGGCACUGAGGCGUACAUUUUUCAGCUCUUUUGCCAGUGCGGGCCAAGUAUGCGUUGCAUCUGAUUUUGUUUUGGUUCAUGAAUCCCAAUACGAUGCUGCGGUCAAGAUUAGCAAAGAAGUUUUACAAGAGAUGUGGCCUGAUUUCAACGACAAGACUGAUUUCACGCACAUGAUUACACAGCGUGGCUACGAAAAGACUAGAGAGACCCUUGACAGUACCCGAGGCAAAAAAUUCGAUACUUGUGUGCCAGGCUAUCGUGGAGAAGACCGUGUCAUUCCUCCAACUUUGGUUUUUGACGUUGAAUGGAAUGAUCCACUCAUGAAGAAUGAGAAUUUUGCUCCGGUUAUGCCCUUCGUCAAAUACCAUAAUCUGGAUGAUGCCAUCGACCUUGUCCUGAAGGACCAUGACUAUCCUUUGGCCCUAUAUAUCUUUUCCACUGACAACCAGGAAAUCGACCACAUUAUGCGCAGGAUAAGGUCUGGCGGUUGCAUGAUUGGAGACACAAUGAUUCAUGUUAGUGCCAAGGACGCACCCUUUGGCGGUAUCCGUCGCUCUGGUUAUGGUAAUUAUCACGGUAAAUGGACUGUUCAUGCUUUCACUCAUGAAAGAACUGUGAUUUAUCAGCCCUAUUUCACAGAAAAGAUUGCUAAACUUUUGGGACCUCCCUUCGGCAAUAAGAAGCUCGGCAUAAUGAGACUUGCAGCCGAACCAAAGCCAAAAUUAGGUCGUGAUGGCAAGACUUUAUGGAAGGCAAAGCUUUUUAUUCAAUUUGCACUCAUUGGUGUGGCUCUUUCAUUAUUGGUCAAGAAUGUCAUUCUUUGA